UUAAAGAGGUGUGGCUUUACAGUUUAUCCACGUGGUCUUGGCACACUUAAGCAUGUUUGCCAGUAAAUACAAUCCAGUGACUGGUAAGAAUGAAUGGAUAGUCACUAAUAAAGAUUAUGACGAUAUGGAAACUGAUCUAUCACAAGAAUUCUCAAGGUCACAUUAUGGUGACAUGGUUCACGACACAGAGAGAAAUGGGAAAUACUAUUAUGGUCUACGUUGGGCGAUAUGUCACUGGGAAUCUAAAGGGGUGGAGCCACUGGUCCUUGAUAUUGGAACUGGUACUGGACUACUGGCAAUGAUGGCUGGAAGAUGGGGGGCAACUAACAUAGCAGCAUGUGAAGUUUAUUAUAAUUAAUUAGGUUUUGUCUCCGAUGGUCAAAAUUGCUAAAGAGGUUGUGAAAGUGAACGGAUAUGAUAAAGUGAUAAAAAUAAUUAAUAAACGAUCAACUGAACUAACAGUAGGACUUGGUAAUAAUAAUAAUAAUAUAAAAAUAAUAAUAAUGAUAAUGAAUAUAUACAUGUUCAUAUACCUUGUUUAUUAGUCUGUAGUUUGUGUUUGUUAAUAUCCUUCUCAUUAAACUCA